UCUCUAACAAGCAGGCAGCGUUAAAAAUGACCAAAUCAAUCACUAAACUUGACAACAGCCAGAUUAAGCGUUGAAAAGAAUAACACCACAAGAAGAGAAAAGGAAAGCCUUCACAUAAAAAAUGAAAGAUUUCCGCAUUUACAUCACUGUACUUAGUCGCUCAUAUAGGCCAACAAACCAACUCCGGCACUACGCCACCAAAUACACCGCAAAAAUAACCUCAACAACCACCGACGGGCGCUCUCUCUGCGCCGAAGUUCACUCUCCUUGUGUCCCUUUCGACGCACGAGGCUUCCCUCUUCCUCGGCGAGACCUAAUCUGCAAAAUCACUCAAAUCCUUAAAUCCCCAAUUUCAUCAAACCCUUUCUCAGACCUCUCUAAUUACCUUCAAUCCCUAACCCUAACCCUAACUUCUUCUGAAGCUUGUUUUAUCCUCAAAUCUCUCCACAAUUCACCUCACCUUUCUCUCCAAUUCUUCCACUUUUGCCCCUCCCAUUUCCCCAAUUUCCGCCAUGACACCUUCUCCUUCAAUCGACUGCUUCUUACUCUCUCCAAUGCGGCGUCGUUUGGUGGGUCGGUUUGGGUUGAUAAUGUUCGCGAGGCGGUUUCUGAAAUGGAGAAAUGCGGUGUUAGAGGGAAUGUUUCAACUGUCAAUAUUUUGAUUGGAGUUUUCGGUGCACAAGGUGUUGAUUGGUGUUUAGGGUUGGGAAAAAAAUGGGGUUUGGAGUUGAAUUCUUAUACUUAUAAGUGUAUUAUGCAGGCUUAUUUGAGGUCUUAUGAGACUGAUAAGGCGUUUGAUGUUUAUAAUGUGAUUAUGAGGAAAGGGUAUAAGUUGGAUACUUUUGCUUAUAAUAUGCUCUUGGAUGCUCUUGCUAAGAUCAAUAAGGUUGAUAAAGCCUACUUGGUUUUUGAGGACAUGAAGAGGAAGUAUUGUGAGCCUGAUGAAUAUACGUACACUAUCAUGGUUAGAAUGACUGGCAAAAGGGGGAACCCUGAUGAAUCUUUGGCGAUGUUUCAGGAGAUGCUAGCAAAGGGAUUAGCUCCUAAUUUAAUUGGUUAUAAUACAAUGAUUGAAGCACUUUCUAAGAAUCGAAUGGUCGAGAAGGCACUUUUUCUCUUCUCAAAGAUGGUAGAAAACAAUUGCCGUCCCAAUGAGUUUACAUACAGUUUGAUUCUAACUGUUCUUGUUGCGGAAGGACAGCUUGGCAGACUAGAUGAGGUUGUUGAGCUAUCAAAGAAGUAUAUGACAAAGUCAAUAUAUGCAUAUCUUGUGAGGACACUCAGCAAGCUGGGGCAUGCAAGUGAAGCUCAUCGCCUGUUUUGUACCAUGUGGACAUUGCAUGAUAAGGGAGAUAGGGAUGCUUGCAUGUCAAUGUUAGAAAGCUUAUGUAAUGCAGGCAAAAUAGUGGAAUCCUUUGAUUUACUAGAUAAGAUUCAUGAAAAGGGAAUAAGCACGGAUACUAUGAUGUACAACACUGUAUUAUCAGCUCUUGGUAAAUCGAAGCAGAUUCCCCAUCUUCAUGAUCUAUAUGAGAAGAUGAAAAAGGGUGGACCUGCACCAGAUAUCUAUACGUAUAACAUCCUGAUAUCUAGUUUUGGUCGGGCAGGAAAAGUUAACGAAGCAGUUAAGACAUUUGAGCAGCUGGAGGAGAGUGAUUGUCGACCUGAUAUUGUUUCAUACAAUUCUUUGAUUAAUUGCUUGGGAAAGAAUGGUGAUCUCGAUGAAGCUCACAUGAGGUUCAGUGAGAUGCUAGAGAAAGGGUUAAAUCCUGAUGUUGUCACUUAUAGCACACUCAUCGAAUGCUUUGGAAAGACAGAUAAGGUGGAAAUGGCAAGUAGGAUGUUUGAAGAUAUGGUUGCUCAGGGAUGCAGUCCUAAUAUUGUUACAUAUAAUAUUUUACUUGAUUGUUUUGAGAAUGGGAAAACAGCUGAAGCAGUAGAUGUGUAUGCGAAACUCAAGGAACAGGGCUUAACACCUGAUUCUAUAACUUAUACCAUUCUAGAGCGGUUGCAAAGUGGUUCGCACCGGACAGUCAGGAUACGGAAGCAAAAUCCUAUCACUGGCUGGGUUGUUAGUCCUUUAAGGUGAUGAAAAGUUGAUGAGGUUGAUGCCUCAAGGGCCUUACUUUGCUUGGAUUCCAUUACAGUCAUUUCCCUUGCUUUGCUUUCUCACUGUAUGUUUGUUGAGGAAGGUUACUUCUUGAGUUUGAAAGGUCAAGCAACAGUUAUAAUGGUAAAAACAGUAAUCUGCAUGACCUCCAUUGUUACCUUAGAUAGGACUUCUAUAAGUGAGCUCUUUCAUUGAAAAUUUUCUCGCUGGAGCCAAUUGCUGGCACAUGGAUGCAGUAUCUUUGUAGCAAAAGCAGAAGGAUUCUCCUUUGGACUGCGGCACUGGUACACACUUCUUUUACUUCUACAGUUUAAUAUGGUUCCACGUACAAUGAUACAACCAUCAGAUGCACUACUUAUCUUGUCUACUGGGACCUGAAUUUCCUGAACUAUCAUCUCUGCAAAAAACAUUGGUUUUGUUACUGAUACUUAUCUGGUUGUUGACUGUCCUGCUCUUCUAAUCAAAGGAAUACUUUAAAGCCCGAAAUUUUCUUUGCAUCAGCUAAUCACACAAGGGGUUUGCUGAAGAGAUCAACCUCUCACCAUUUCCUAAUUUCUGCACAAGUAUGCUGAAAAGAGAUCUGUUAUAAUGUUAGAUUUCAUUGUUUGUCCUAAAAUAAAUAUUCCUGGAGAGGUGAAGCUGGUGGGAAUUGAUUCAAAGUUCGUCAGUGAUGCUGCGUUUGGGCAAAAGGGGGUGUUUGUAGGGGAUGUCACCCUUUCAAGGUACCAGUUCUAUCCCCCUAAUUUUAUGCUUUAGCCGUGUCCAAAUUAGUACGACAUGGAUUGUGCUGAAAGAAAAAGGUUCGGACUCAUACAACAUUAUCCCAAACCACUAGAAUGAUGGGUUUAUGGAAGACUCCUGAAGAAUAUAUAGGAACUGUCCUAAAAGAUAAUUGAUAUUUCUAUCCUAGGAAUUGCGUAGAGAAUAUGAAGCUAGCUACUUUUUUUGUAAUACGUGCAGCCCGUUUUGUAGGCAGUACCAAAAGACGAUAAUGUUAAAGAAAUUAUACUU